AUGUUGAAGAGGGCAACAAGAACAGAUGUUACACAAAAAACCAAACAUCAAGAAGUCAACCAUAAUAGAGUCCGCGUAGCCUUAGAUCAAAUAAAAAGUAAUAUUAUUAAAGAUAAAAGGGGUAUACAUAGUGGUGGAAAAAAUGCAAUUGAUGAAGAAAGAAUUGAAAAUAUUAAGAUGCACAUAGCGUUAUUUCCAACAUAUGUGUCACAUUAUUGUCGCAACCAGACGGCCUCCAAAUUUUUAAAUUCUGACCUAAAUUUAUCAAAAAUGUAUCAAUUCUACACAGAUACUACAGAAAACCCAGUUAAGACACCACAUAAGGAUACAUAUCGAAUGUGUGAUACGUACAAAGCCCAAAUUAGUUCUGCACAGACUACACACAAGGAGAAUCUAGAAAGAAAUCACAGGGAACAUCUUGAAAUUGCAAAUGAGUUAAGGAAUGAAAUAAAGGCUGAUCUAAUAUGCGCGCAAGAGGAUAAAACACUGGAGACCCUGACUUUUGACCUCCAAAAAACUCAUCCUUUACCAAAAAUACCGACUGGAGUCGCAUAUUAUAAAAGACAAUUAAAUUUACUUAUUUUAGGUACCUAUUUAUGUCGGCCGUACAAAAAGAGGUAUUUUCAAUGUAUGGAUAGAACAAGAGGGAGGCAGGGAACAUAA